AUGGCAGCCUCAGGGAAUACCUUAAAACUGAAAUUCACAGAAGAUAAGAAACAAAAUCAUUCAUUAAAAAAUUCAGGGAACCAGGUAUCAGAUGGGAGAUACCAGCGUCGCGAUAACAGGGCCUACGGGGGACGGGGUGAUUUAACAUACAAGUUCGAAUCGCUGUGGCGGGGCCGCCGCCUGGGUGACGAGGGCAGGAGUGGUAGGUCUUUCUCUACUUUCGGCAGGGGAUGGAGUGUUCCUGUUUCUCGUGCUACAGCUUCUACUUUUGAUGAUGAAGAUGAGGAUGAUGAUGAGGACGAGGAGGAGAAAGAAGUCGCUGCUGAUACAGGAUCCAUGUUUAGUAACUGGGCGACUUUUCUGUUAAGAAUGGCUAUCUGGGCGUCUUUUUCUUGCAGGUCUUGCUUGAGGGUUCUUGUCGUGACUUCGUAGUGUUUUGAGUCUCAUGGUGAGUAUGAGAUUUGAUUAUUGGAGGCUGGCGUUUGGGUUGGGUUUGGAGUCGUUAGGGAAGGGGGUCGUGGUGAUAGUUUUGUGGCUGUGUUCCGUUUGAGGCGUGCGGGGGAGGUUAGGUUGGGGUU